AUGAAGCGUUUUAACUAUAAAAGUGGUCAUAUUGUGAGGGUACUGGCUGCUUUCGCCAUCGUAGGGCUGUGGUGGUUUUUCUCCUCCAACGAGCUGUCAUACAGUAAGUCAUCUGUUGAUCUGCCACAAACUAUCGAGACCAAGGGAGCCAGCAAGGCUGGUACCGAGGACAAGAGAAUAUCGGCCGUGAAUGAUUUAGGGACCAUUAUGCCAUCGAUGCCCGAAAAAGAGGCCAAGGAAGUCCUCGGACGAGCCUCGUGGCGCUAUUUCCACACUUUGCUGGCCAGGUUCCCUGACGAACCGACCGAAGAGCAAAGUGCCAAGCUCAAGCAGUUUAUCGAGUUGUACGCGGAGCUGUACCCAUGCGGCGAGUGUUCGUACCACUUUGUUCAGACCCUGAAGAAGUAUCCUCCGCAGGUCUCGAGCAGAACCGCAGCGGCGCUCUGGGGUUGUUCGAUUCACAACAUGGUCAACGAGUACCUAAAAAAGGACAAAUACGACUGCAGUACGAUCCUGGAAGACUACGACUGCGGCUGCGGCGAUGACGACGGCAAGAUCAAAGACGAUUUGAAAAUGGAUAAAAUAUCGUUGUUGAAGGAGAAUAAACAAGGUGGCUAA